ACUGUAGAAGCAAGGCCUGGGAAGAUUUUUAUGAUAGAACUGUGGUAUGGAAUUGAUCCCAGAAAGUCUUUUCCUAGGAUUUUCUUAGGAGUCCUUUAACUAGCUUUUCCGACUCCUUUUAAAAACUAGCCCGUAGGUAAGGAGUUUCCCAGGCUCCGCCCCCACCAAUCCUACAAGCUGUAGAAGCUCUAGAGGACCAGAACCGGGGACGAAGGGGCCUUCUAUACAUACAGGAGGCAGCGUUUGCAAGGCUGUUUAGAAAUGUAAAUCGGGGCAAGGGUCUCUGGCCACAUUUCUCUCCGGUUAGCCCUCAGCGCGUCCAGCCCUACUUUGUCUUCUCCCUGUGAUUGGGUGAACCGCAGACCAGAGGUUGUACGUGACAAGACGGCCUCUUUUAUCUCCGCCUUCGCUUCCACUGCCCUCUCCUACCCAGCACCCCAGUUCUCUACCCGUGGGCCCUGCCCUUCUGGGGACGGUGGAUUCUUUUAUCUCCCGGGCGCGCCCCUGCAGGCGGCGAUAGGAGUCGGGACUACAGUUCCCGGCAUCCUACGCCGGGGAGCCGACCCGGUAGUAGCUCUUUUCUGGCGAAGUUUCCCUGUGCCUGCGCCGCUCGGUACUCCAGGGGGCUCAGGGGCCUGUCUGCGGGAGGUGGGCACUGCCCAGGGUGACAGUGCGGGAGCAUGGCCAUGCACCUGGGCAAGCUGAGCGCGGGCUCCUGCUGGCUCGCGGCGCGGGGAGGCUGCGGGGAGCUGCGCUCUUGGUCCCUGCGCUGCGCGGCCGGACGCUUCUGCCGCCCCCCUGGCACCGCUUGCCCCGAGCAGAGCCGCAGGCUAGGGUACGGCCCUACUGCGGGAGGCGGCCCCCGGCUGAGGACCGGGCUGGCCGCGGGGCUGGCCGCGGGGCUGGCCGGGCUGGCCGGGCUGGCCGCCGCCGCCUUCGGGCACGUGGAGCGGGCGGAGAUGGUGAGCAAGAGCUCGGGGGCGCCGAGCCCCUCGCCGGGGAGGCCGGAGGAGGAGGACGACGAGCUGGCCCGCCGCUGCAGCUGCUUCAUGGCCUCGCCUGUGACCGACCUGCACGAGCUGCGGAGGAGGCCGGGCGACAUGAAGACCAAGAUGGAGCUGCUGAUCCUGGAGACCCAGGCCCAGGUGUGCCAGGCGCUGGCACAGGUGGACGGCGGCGCCCGCUUCUCUGUGGACCGGUGGGAGAGGAAGGAAGGAGGUGGUGGCAUCAGCUGUGUACUUCAAGAUGGGCAUGUUUUUGAAAAGGCCGGGGUGAGCAUUUCUGUUGUUCAUGGAAAUCUUUCUGAGGAAGCAGCAAAACAGAUGAGAAGCAGAGGAAAAAAGCUAAAGACGAAAGAUGGUAAAUUGCCAUUUUCUGCUAUGGGCGUGAGCUCUGUUAUCCACCCCAAGAAUCCUCAUGCUCCCACUAUCCAUUUCAACUACAGAUACUUUGAAGUAGAAGAAGCCGACGGUAACAAGCAGUGGUGGUUUGGUGGUGGAUGUGACCUUACCCCAACAUAUUUGAACCAAGAGGAUGCAGUGCAUUUUCACAGGACUCUAAAGAAGGCUUGUGACCAGCAUGGUCCAGAUCUCUACCCCAAAUUUAAAAAAUGGUGUGACGAUUACUUUUUUAUAGCCCAUCGUGGGGAGCGGAGGGGCAUCGGGGGUAUCUUUUUUGAUGACCUUGACUCUCCAUCCAAGGAGGAGGUCUUUUGCUUUGUGCAGAGCUGUGCCCAGGCUGUCAUUCCUUCUUAUAUCCCCCUUGUGAAAAAGCACUGUGAUGACUCCUUCACCCCCCGGGAGAAGUUGUGGCAGCAGCUCCGGAGAGGACGGUAUGUAGAAUUUAACCUGCUGUAUGAUCGGGGUACAAAGUUUGGCCUCUUCACUCCAGGAUCCAGGAUCGAAAGCAUCUUGAUGUCUUUACCUCUCACCGCCCGAUGGGAGUACAUGCAUUCACCCUCAGAGAACUCCAAAGAAGCUGAAAUUCUGGACGUUUUGCGCCAUCCGAGGGACUGGGUGCAUUGAUGCAGGCAGAGCAGUCUUCCUAGGGUCUGGGGGACACACAAUGGGCCCCCUGCUCCACUGGCUGACACCACCGCCACUGUGUGGCACUUAGUUACCUGUGUCUCAGAGCUCCAGUCUUCUCCGCCCUGGAGUCUGCCUCCUUUCCUGGUGAAAUGUGUUUUAAGCACCACAGGCUUCUGCUGGAUGCUGUCAGUGGUGGGUGGUGAGGUGGCAGCUUGUCAGAGUCAACUGGUUGAUGUAAAACUCGUUUAUACUUUUGGAAUCAUUUUAUAUGACUAGUUUACAAACAGUGACAAUUUCCAAGAAUUGGUUUAGGGGAUCUAAAUAUUAGAAUUUGUAUCAGGAAACUUCUCAUGUUAUUUUUUUGUUUCAUAUAUUUUUUAAAGGUUUAGUUUCAGCCACAAAAAUCUGUUGAGGGACAAAUUUUAUUUUCAUUAAUUCAAUGAGAUUGAGACUGGUAAUUUUAGAAAGCAACUGGAAAUGAAAGUAAAAAUUUUACUUUGUCAUUACUGAAGUUGCUUUGAUCAUAAUCUUUAUAUAUCUUUCUCUAGAGGUCAUAGUAUUAUAAAAUAUUCACUUUUGUAAUGAUAGAUAUUUAGGGAUACUUGAAAUUUUCUUAGUCUCUGCAUGUUACAAUUCAGUGAUUACCUGUAGUUAACUCUAAAGUGACAUCACUGUUAUUUAAACAAGGGAUAUCUAAGUUGUAAUUUUGAUUUUUGUAGAACUAUAAUUUGUUGAUGCUGAGAUUCUUUGCACUUUUGAAUGUGAAAGCUUAUACCCUUGGAUUCUGAUACUUAAAAAUUUCUAUUCCAGACACUUCUGUAUGGAGGUUUAGACUAAGAACAAUCCUGGGGAUGUUGUGAAUUUAGGAAAUGAGAAACAUUUUCCUUCUCUAAUUAAAGCAGACAUAACUAGUGUAAGAAGCAUGUAAGCAUUUUAUAAAUAUAUUUCCUUGAAUAUGGACUAAUUGAAAUAGUCCUCUUCUUAAAUUAGAGAUUCUGCAACUUUUACCUUUGCUCUUAAGAGGAAAUCACAACAGAGUUCUCAAGACUUCUGUGUUCAUAUAAUAAUGUGAAUAUUUUAUUCAUAAUAUAUUGAAGUUUGUAAGGAAUGUUAUCUUCCUACAUAUUAUUAAGCAUUAUCUUGGAAUAUGUUGAAUGUAUGAUCGUGUGUGACUCUGUAGAGCUGGAAAAUGUAUGAAUUCUUCAACUCUUACAACAGGUGUGCUGAUAAAUUUUAUUAUGAAAUAUGA